AGUUAGACAACUAGCCUGGAAAAUCAGUGCUAAUCUAACAAAGCAUCAGCACAAGCCUGUUGGGCUGUAUGACGGAAACAUUACUGAGGUGUCAGGUGUGAAUCUCAGUGAGUGAGCUGGGGACGAACGGUGUACAGUUAGUCUCAAUGGACGGAAACUCUCUGCACAGAGCCGUCUACCUGAGCCGCCUCCGCCUGACACGCCUUCUCCUGGAGGGUGGAGCUUAUGUAAAUGAGAGCAAUGAGCGCGGGGAAACGCCCCUGAUGGUCGCCUGCAAGAGCCGACACACCGAUCACCACGGCGUUCCGAAGGCAAAGAUGGUGGAAUACCUGCUGGAGAGCGGUGCCGAUUCCAACAUCCAGGACAAGAGCGGCAAAACCGCUCUGAUGCACGCCUGCUUAGAGGAGGCGGGAGGUCGGGUGGUGUCCCUGCUUCUGGCCAGUGGGGCUGAUCCCUGUCUGGAGGAUCACACCGGCUCCUCUGCUCUGAUCCACGCCAUCAACGCCAGUGAUGAGGAAACGCUGAAGCUGUUAAUGGACGCCUACAAGGCCAGAGGGAAAGAGGUACUGGUCAUUAUUCACGACAGGUUUGCCUGCGGAAGGCAGAUGGCCAAACAGUAUCUAAAGAUUCCCCCACUAGCAUGUGAGCCAUGCGAUAACCUGUGUGCCUCCUCUACACCCUGCGCUUCACCUUCUGAAAUUCACCUCAGCGCCUCAUCCCAAGAGACAUCCUCAUUCCGCUCUAUGGACACGUUCUGCUUCCAAGAUCUGCAGAGCAUGGCCAGCUCUCAGCCAACGUCUCCUUGUCACCAGCCAUCUCUGGUACAUGGGAGACUGAACAAACUUCACCAUCUGCAGAGACUGCACUCAGAGCCCUGGCUCACCAUACCCCAAUCCUUUCUUGCCCAACAGCAAGCCAAAGGCACCACUCCAGUGGAGGAACUACCUGACAUAACACCUGAAGAAGAACAAGCUUUCAGAUUGACUUCUGGCUCUCCUGUCUCUCGGCACUGCAGUGUUGACCUCAAAAAAACAACUGGUUCAAGCCAGAACCUACUUCAAGAAAGCAGCAUAAAGGCUGAUGGAGGUUUAAGACCAGAGGGAGCUCUGUGUCGUAACAUGUCCUAUGAUGGUUUAUUUUCACUGCACUCUCUUUCCCACCCGAAUCUUCACUCCAAAAGUGGUGCAGAGGUCUCAAUAGAGAAAGACCCGAAGAAGUCACUGCCUAACCUGGCAGUGUCCAGCCUCUGUAACAUCAUUCAGCAUUGGAGGAUGGGAAUGGACCACUACAGCUCAGAUUCUCAGCUUUCAGUGUCAGGCAACUGCCCAGAGGAACAUAAAAGACAUCUUGAGAGGAAGCGACUUGUGACUUCACGCUCGUCCACUCUGAUAGGGUCACGAGAAACCCCUGAGAACACUUCAGUGGCGUAUAUCCAAAAGAAGCAUCCAAUCAGCCUUGAGCGCAGUGGAUCGGGGGCUCUUCUUCCAGAUCUCACCUCCUACCCUCGAACAGGCUUCUUGCCACCGCUGAGUCAGCAUGCAGUUAUUCCACACAUUAGUGGACCACGCAGCUCUAAUGCUGUGACCUCCAGCAAUAAGCCAGUCUGUGGAUUGAUGACGAGUUCAAAGCUGUACCUCCCCUCAGCUCCUGCUGGCUUCCCCAAGGAUCUGAAGACCAGGAAAACGCCGACCAGGAGGCAUUCCAUUCAAACCGAGCAAAUCAAACAGCUGGGGGAUUUCAAAGAGAUCUUUGGACCUUGA